UCCCGCGCUCAUUUACACACUCACACAAACGCGCAGCGCCGAACCUAGCUUCACUUUUUCCCCGUGCUUUUAGAUACGAGCACUCCGUCUUUAUGUCUUUGGUCGUCACUUUCGCCGUCUACGCGGCCAAUCUCUACGUCCUCGGCUUCAAGUCCAAAACCACGGCCUACCUCCUCGACGAAGCUGCAGAGUUCGGACUCCCGACCACUUUCUUCGCAGGCGCGACGGCUCGUAAAACCAUCGGAUCGGGUCGCUACGUGAAACUGGCUCAAGCCAGCAACAAAACGCCGAAAGAGAAGAUCCAACUGGGGGUCGAGCCUCUGCGAACGGCCGCGCGGCAACUGGCGGACAACCCGGAGGACACGGCCGUGCGGGCCAGGAGUCUCAUCGUCUGCAUCCAGUCCCUGUCGGAGGCGGCGCGCUUCGGGCACAUCGAGGAGAGGAUCGCAUCCAAGUUGGACUACCCGGACGCCAAGACCAACUACCUCGAGAUCAACUGGUCCAAGAUCUCCGAGGCCGUCCAGGCCGCCAACCCCCAGACCGGAGCCCUCAAGAGCACCCUCACCGUCGACUACACGCAGGAACAGUUGAAGACCGUCGGGGAUAUAGUCGAUAAGUUGGGCAAUAUUAAGAUGUUGCUGAAGGCCUAGGAUACUGGACUGCAUUUUGCAAUUUGGAACUAUAAAUUCUGGCUCAUCUGAAAAAACACUUGUGUGCAUUGGGAAACUAAUGGCAC